AUGGAUUCCCUAUCUGAUGAGCAAAGAAGUGUGCUUGACGAGUUUGCGCUGAUUACAAAUGUCUCGCUAGACGAUCAAGAAAGGGCUAACAAGAGUGUGAUCUUGCUUCAAAAUCAUAGCUUCAACUUGAACAAUGCUGUACUAUCAUACUUUGAGAAUGGUCUAGAUAAUGUUGUUAGGAACCCGACUCCAGAGGUUGUUCCUACCCCAGAAGAGCUGUUUGCUUCAGGUGCAGAACGGUUUGAGUCCACAGCUGUGCAUAGAAACCUCCAUGAUGAGUUCGUCAUGGACAGCUUCUUACCGAAGUUGCCAAAGGCACCCAAGAUAAGUAACCACUGGCAAUUUGAUCUCGGGAUUCACAUGUCCAGGUCGGCAUUCAGAGCUUCAGAAAAGGAGUCAGAGAUCAAUUCUUCUUCCACUCAAGUAUCGUCGCAAAGAAGGCCUAAUUUCUUAUGGAUCAUAUUACUAAUAAUACCCAAAGCUCUCUCCAUGCUAUACUCCUUCAUCAGGUAUUUGUUUGGGAUCAACACCUCUUCCAUGUACAAAGCGCUUCCCAGUCUGUUUGAUUAUGAGAACUACGAAGAAUCCUAUAAUAUUGUGAAGGAAACAGAUGGUGUCAAUGCAGAGGAGCUUCAUAUAAAAACGAAUGAUUUCAACAACCUACAUGAAGCUAGCCAGAGAGACUUCAGGUUUCUUACCGUUGUGUUGGUGGAUGACUCCAGCGUUGGCUUUGCUAAACAAUUUCUUCAAUCGCCAAAUCUCAAGCUGCUUCUAGAAGAAUGCUCAGAAAACGACUUUUACGUUGCGAACAUUAGCAAGAGCCCCGAAGCGUUAGAAUUAGCACAUACUUAUAAAGUCAGAAGAGUACCAUACGUGAUGCUUGUGGGGAACGUCACGAGAAAUCCUCAAGUUAUGUCCUCCAUGUCUGUCAUUUACAAGUCUAACCUCGUGUACGACAAGGAGAGUGGUGACCCACAAUUAGCGAACAAGGUAAUACGCAAUUUGAAAAAGAGUGUGAAUCAUUAUAAUCCGCAGCUUGUGUCCAAGCGUUACGACAAACAAGAAAUGGAGCUUAGCCGCCUUCUCAAGGAGCAACAGGAUGAAGCAUACCUAAAAACGUUGGCACAGGAUCGUGAGAAGAAACAAGAAAAACAGCGUAAGUUGGAAGAGGAAGAACAGAAGAGAAAAUUGGAAAAAGUUAGACAAGGAUUCAUCUUCAGUCUUAUUGAAAAUAAUUGGUUCGAGACGCAGUUGAAGGAUUUGACGGCUAAGGAGGUUGUCCGAGUUUCAAUCAAAAUUCCGGAUGGACGUAGAAUGAUCCAGAAGUUCCCAAAGACGAUGUCUAUGCUGGCGAUGUAUCUAUUUGUGGAGACACAACUAUUUGAAAGCAAAGAAAAUGCUGAAUAUGAACAGUGCGAUAUGACGGUCGAGGAGUUUUGCGAGAAGUUCACGUUCAAUUUCGAGCUAUUUAAGCCACUCCCCAAGGUUGUUGUGCCCGCUGAAAAGCUUACAAUUGAAGAAUUUCAAGACAUCAAGCUGGGAGACAAUAUCUUGGUUGAGUAUCUUUUAGACAACGAAACCGACGAGGAGGAGGAGUCGUAA